UAAACAUACGUCUGAAAUAGUUUGGUGUUGCUGUGCUGUUUUAAUCCAAAUGAACCCGCCCGGUUUCCUUCCACGCGCCUCAUGUUAUUGUUGGGCGGGGCCGCCGCGUGCACGUCAGUCCUCCCAGCAGCCUGAACGGCUCUCAACACGGAACUACGUUUAUUAUUCCGACCCUUCCGACCGACGCAGUGGGAACGUGAACCGGACUUACCGAACUCUCCUCCGUUAGACUGACUGGGGUUAGAGUCGUCGUUAAUAAUGUUCCGCUUGCGGGCCUUGUCUGCGGUUUCGGUGGGGUUUACGCAGGUGUGCCGCCGUUACCACAGUGGGGCAGUGCGAGGACCUGCCCAAAAAAGGCUGAUGCUAGCGGCACUGGUUGGAGUAACUGGUGCGUCUGCUAGUGCGGGGCUGCUUUGGAAAAGAGCAUAUGCUGAUGCAGGACCCUCUGUUCGGCACUCAGAGCAAGCUAGAGGGGAAGAGGCAGAUUUUGUCAGAGAUACAGACUCAGGAAUAGAGUCUGAGAAAUCGGUUGAGUCAAGCAGUGGAGACGAGGAAGAAAAAGAUGAAGAGGGGAAGAAAAAGAAGCCCCGCUCAGGAUUCCGUGACCGCAAGGUAAUGGAGUAUGAGAACAGGAUAAGGGCAUACUCGACACCGGACAAGAUUUUCCGCUACUUUGCCACACUGAAGGUCAUUAAUGAGCAUGGGGAUGCUGAGGUUUACAUGACACCCCAGGACUUCAUCCGCUCCAUCACACCCAAUGAGAAGCAGCCUGAGAAUUUAGGCCUGGAUCAGUUCAUUGUGAAACGCUAUGAUGGAAAGGACUUCUGGCAGACAGAGAAAAUUGCCCAGGAGAGGGAGAAGUUUGCAGACGAGGACAGUAUAUUUUACUCCCUGGGAGAGUGCGGCCUCAUCUCCUUCUCCGACUACAUCUUCCUCACCACCGUGCUGUCCACUCCCCAGAGGAACUUUGAGAUUGCCUUUAAGAUGUUUGACCUGAACGGCGAUGGAGAGGUGGACCUGGAAGAGUUUGAACAGGUCCAGAGCAUCAUUCGAUCCCAGACCAGUAUGGGUAUGCGACACCGUGACCGCUCCACCACCGGAAACACGCUGAAGACCGCCGGCUGCAGCUCUGCUCUCACCACAUACUUCUUUGGAGCAGACUUGAAGGGAAAACUCACCAUCGGCAGCUUCCUGGAGUUUCAGAGAAAGCUGCAGCAUGAUGUGCUCAAACUAGAGUUUGAGAGGAACGACCCCGUGGAUGGGAGGAUCUCAGAGAGACAGUUUGGCGGCAUGCUGCUGGCCUACAGCGGCGUCCAGUCUCGCAAACUCAAGCAGAUGCAGAAGGGCUUGAAGAAAAUGUUUAAGGACGCACAGGGAAUAACAUUUGAGGAGGUGGAGAACUUUUUCACGUUUUUGAAGAAUGUGAACGACGUGGACACAGCUCUGAGCUUCUACCACAUGGCUGGAGCCUCAAUCGACAAAGCUACCAUGAAGCAAGUGGCUCGCACUGUGGCCAAGGUGGAGCUGUCUGACCACGUCUGCAAUGUGGUGUUUGCUCUGUUCGACUGUGAUGGGAACGGGGAGCUUAGUAAUAAGGAGUUCAUAGCCAUAAUGAAGCAGCGGCUGAUGCGGGGGCUGGAGAAACCCAAGGACAUGGGCUUCACUCGGCUGGUGCGUGCCAUGUGGAAGUGUGCCCAGGACACUGCCUGGGACUUUGCCUCACCAAAGACAUAACGGAGACAGAACUCAGAGGCGGGCGCUCCUUUCAACCCAGAAACACUGCGGCCAUCGUCACACGCUGCGUCGUUCCUUCAUCAUUACAAUGACUGAAGCUGCAUUACACUCAGCAGUUUGUGCUGAAUGUAUGUACUAAAGCAUUAUGGGUAUUUGAGGAAUCCUCAUCAGCAGAGACUGAAAACGCUGAAAAAACACUAGAUUCAUUUCCUGCUAUCAACUCAUCAAACUCAGAGAGACAGAAGGAGAAGCUUUCAGUCCGUGACCCCUCUAGCUUCUGUACUUCAUGCUUGGAUGCUCAUUUUUUCUGCAAUAUUUGUACUCCUAUUAUUACUCACUAAAACACUUUAAAAAUGCUCUAUUAAAGAUGUUUUAUUAAUGUAA